GGUAUGCAGUUGCACUACUGUGUUGUGAGCGCUAGCCUCUGCCAUUUAACGCGAGAUGCCUCGUUAACGGGGUCGCGUCGGCUGUGGUCGUCCGGGGCGUAAAUGAACAGCUAGCAACGCCGAGCCUCUAGCCGUACGCUGCGACGCCGUGAGCCGUUUGUCGUUGGCGCUCAGUGGUUCAUUGUUAGCAGCACGCUAGCGGGCCGUUGUCAAGCCAGGGCCCAGAAAGCCGAAGAAAAGAAAAACAGAAAAUAAACAGAAAAUAAAAAAAGCAGCAUCAUCAUCAAUGGUGUGUCUACAUCCCGGAGCCGACACAUCGUCCUGUGUACGCUCGAUGGUGCAUCUCCCCAGCUCUCAGCACGGCUGCACAUGUAUGGCGUUUGCGAGGCUCGGAGGGGAGUUUUGCCAAGCCCAGCACCUGCUGCUCAUCGUGGACAAGUGAAGAGGAGACACCAGCUUGGCGCUAACACUGCCGUCGACGUGCACAGGUCCUUACUGCCAUCCGGUUCAAUCCAUAUGAAGACAAGCCAACCUUCAGCCUGUCAUCUGUCCCGGGGAGUGGAAGAGCCUUCGGGUUUAACCCAGGAGUUUCCUCACAGCUCUUCUCCUUUUCUGCUUUUCCUUUCUUCUCCCAUGAGUCGGCCAAGUCUUCUCUGAAUGGGCUAGCCGAUUUGAAAGAAAGGAAGGACUGAUCUUUUUUCUGUUAUCAUCUUUUUUUUUUUCUUCUUCUGGUCCAGUCUUUUUGAUUCUCAUCUGCUAGAGUUAAAUAUUUAUUAACUAAGCCAAUUUUGAUUUAUUUUUUCCCUGCCAAGAAAAGUGUAAACCACCAUCAUAUUUCUAUGCAAUUUGAAUUUCUUUUAAUCGACCACUUUUUGUCAUCGAAGGAAUUGACUAGCAUCAGUUUUUUUGCCCAAUAAUUAGCUAGUGAAAUUACUUUUGCAUCUUUGGCUUUGUGAACAGUUAUUUUCUUUCUUUUAUCAUUGGAUUUUAUUUUGCGUAUUUACAUUUCAGACCAUCACUUUGAUUUGUUUGAGGACCCAUUUUAUUUUUAUCAGGCCCAUUAUAUGCCAAGAACCUUUCUCACAUUUCUUUCUGUGUAAAUAAACCUUUUCGAGGGUCUAAAAAUGAACCGACCGGCUCCGGUGGAGAUCUCUCAUGACUGCCUGAGAUUUCUCAUUACGCACAACCCCACCAAUGCACAACUCGGGAGGUUUAUAGAGGAUCUGAAGGCAUAUGGAGUGAACACCCUGGUAAGAGUGUGUGCCGCCACAUAUGACAAGACACCAGUGGAGCAAGAAGGUAUCCAAGUCCUGGACUGGCCGUUUGACGAUGGCUCUGCCCCCCCAGAACAGGUGGUUGAUGAUUGGCUGAACCUGCUGCAAACAAAGUUUCGUGAGGAACCGGGUAGCUGUGUGGCUGUGCACUGUGUGGCUGGAUUAGGAAGAGCUCCGGUGUUGGUGGCCCUGGCUCUCAUCGAGAGCGGGAUGAAAUACGAAGACGCCGUGCACUUCAUAAGGCUGAAGCGGCGCGGAGCGUUCAACUCCAAGCAGCUGCUGUACCUGGAGAGCUACAAGCCCAAACUGUGUCUGCGCUCCAAGGAUGCCAACGGACAGAGCUGCUCCGUACAGUAGGAAACCUUCGUAGGAGUCUCCCGGCGUUUGAUGUUGACUGGAAAAGUCGGCAUUUACUGAAAAUAAAUGUUUCGGUGACAUCGAGGCCCAUCAAAUCCAAUCACAUGUGCACACUUGUUGCUUUUUGGCGAAAUUCGUUGUUUUAAAAUCAAAAUAUGCCAUCCAUGUCAAUUGUGUAAAUCCAAUUUUUUUUUGGGGAGCGGGGGGGGGGGGGGGUCAACUGGCCGGCGAGGUUUCUAAGAUCAAAGUGUGGCAACUCUACAGCGUUUCACCUCCAAUGUUUCAUCCUUUUACUUAUUUAUUAUCCUACACCUCCCCUCCCCACCCCAGUUGUCACCUUUUUCACCCCUUAUGAGUAUGCAGGUAUGAAUCAAAGUGCUUCAUGUAUUUAGAAGAAUUUUAGGGACCUGGUGUCAAGUUCUAGAAAAAAGAACAUAUGCAUAUGACAACUAUAUGACUAUAUGACUUCACAUAAAAAAAAAUGUUUUUGUUCCGACCUCACCUUAGUGUGCAGCAAAACUUAAUUAGAGCUGUCAGCUGUUAAUAAGUCAUCACACAUGCGGCUUCGAUGUUAAAGGAAUACCGCGUUCUACAAAGCGUCACCAACUCAUUAAUGCGGGAAACGAGACUUUUAAUUUCACCGCGAGGGUUGUGUGCGAGUUUAUUAACGGAUGUAGAAACCGUUUUGUCGUUGUAAUGCCGUCAAAUCCAGCCCCUGUUUACCUGAAUUUGUUUGAGAGCUUUCUGGUGUUUUCGGCUUUGAGGUUCCACGCAGAGACGUGUGACCUAAAUGUUUUAUUUUGAGAAUUCAAGGUAGCGCGGGUUAAGUUGUAAAAAGUUAUUUCAGUGGCGACGCCUUCCUUGAACAGUACUUCUUAUUUAAAUUCCCCCUCGUGACUUUGGGAUCCGGCGUGAUGGAACGUCUGUAGAUUCACGGAGGUCCGCUGCUAGCUAUUGGUCAAAAGCUCUUGAGUAACCAACACAGAAUUAAAUGUGCUUUUAGAGGGCCGGGCUGCUUUCAAUCAACCCACACAGUGGUUCAGCCCGAUGCUGUAGGUCCCGUGUCAGAGUCACAGGGCGCCUGCUGCUCCAGAGCAAGCCGGCGUGGCUGUAAACGGUUGACGCCGUCCUUCUUGGCGUCGUCGGAGGGCCGGCAGGCGGGGAGCCCGCUCGCUGAAGGGAAGGCUUUAAGGUUUUUGGUAGAUUGUCCUGUUGGAAAGCAGAUCAACGUGUCCUCAAAGGUUCAUUGACCCCCAGCAUACAGAACACUAGAUAAGUAGAUAACAUUGAGGGGUAUUUACAGUUCAGAGUAAACUUCUUCCUGUUUGUAGGCUCUAAACACAUGAGCAUGUACUUUUUUUAGAAUGGCUAAAUGUGAUAUAAACAUUAGUCCUUUUCAUCACGGGAACAGUUGAUUGUACAAACGGGACAAUCUGCUGAAAACGUUCUAAAUUUUUUAACAAAAAGCCACAAAAUUCUGCUGUUUGGCCCUUUUUGAUGUUAUUGUUUCUCGUUUUUUUUCUUCUUCUCUGUUUUCUUUUCUCUCCCCGUACCCUUUAAACUAUUUGUAUUUAUUCAUUGA